AUGGAUAAACGACAUAGUGUCGAUUCUAAACCCGCUUUCAAUCCUUUAAAGGUGUACAAACAAUUUGGUAAUUUAACAGGUGCCUCAAUGCGAAUUAUUGUUCAUGGUUUUGGCAGUAGUUGUCCUCAUGAAUGGGUCGAUGAAAUGAGAUCAGCUUUGAUGGCGGUUGAAGAUUGCUUCGUUGUAUGCACAGACUGGGAAAAAGGCGCCGUCUUACCAAAUUAUGUUCGAGCAGCUGCAAAUUCAAGAUUAGUUGGAAAACAACUCGCAUUUCUUCUGAAACAAUUAAACAAACAUCAAGGCUUAGAAUUUUCCAGAGUUCAUUUGAUAGGCUUUAGUUUAGGCGCACACGCCAGUGGUUUUGCUGGUGCUGAAUUAAAAUCACUUCAUCGUAUAACAGGCUUAGACCCCGCUGGUCCCCUGUUUGAAGGUGCACAUGUCGCAGCGCGCCUUGAUGAGAGUGACGCUGAAUUUGUAGACGUGAUUCAUUCAAAUGGAGAAAAUUUGAUCUUAGGUGGUCUUGGAAGUUGGCAACCAAUGGGUCAUGUUGAUUUUUACCCAAAUGGUGGGCGAGUACAAACUGGUUGUUCAAAUUUGUUUGUUGGUGCAGUCACUGAUAUAAUUUGGACGUCACCAGCUCAAGUUGAAGGCAGAUCAUUAUGUAAUCACAGACGUGCCUACAAAUUCUUUAUUCAUUCUGUUGCACCGCGUUGUCUCUUUCCUGCUUUUCCAUGUAAUAGUUACGAAGACUUUUUACAAGGAAAAUGUUUUUCUUGUCCAAAUAGAAAAGCAAAAUCAAUCAGAAAUAACAACACGAUCAGCAAAGAAGUGAAGUUUCAUGAUAAAGUCGAUAGCAUUUGUGGCGCGAUGGGUUAUUACGCUGAUAAAUCAACAGGGAAAGGUCAAUUGUAUCUUCGGACAAGAGAAGAAGAACCUUAUUGUGCACAUCAAUACAUCAUGAAAAUUCAUAGUGCAACAAACGAUCUGCCGAUUCAGACAAUUGGACGCAUCGACGUCGAGCUUGAAAGUGAAGGUGGCCUGCAAGAAGCGUUCACGAUUACUGAACGUGAUGACCAAGAGAUGUUUGCAGGCGAUUUUAUAUCAAAGAUCAUUGUUCCACAUCCAGCUUUAAACUUUCCAAAAAAUGUCACGGUUACUUAUCAAGUCUACCGAGGCUGGCUAACACGAGGCUUAUCAUCGUGGGGAAUUAAUAAAGUCAUUUUAAGUGAUAGUUUUGGAGAAAGUCACUCGCUAUGCAAACAUUUUAUUUUAGAGUCAGGAAAGCCCCAACGAAUGACGCUUUUACCAGGUGAUUGUCACGAAGAAGAAUUGAUCUUGUUUGCUGAGAAAUCGUCAAGUCAAGCCUUAAUAUCAUCAGAAUCGUCAACAGAUUCAGAAAAUCUCUCAAUAAUUUAUCCUGCUUAUAGUUCAAAUUCCGAUGUUAUGUCAUUAGGAAAACAUAUUCCACUUGAAAGAAAUGAAAGUGAAACUAAUUUGCCUUCAGAAGAUGUUUCGAGCUUAUCAUGGAAGCCGAUUUUGGUGCCAACUUCAAGCGAAAACAGUUCUUUGUUAAACAACACGAACUCACUUUCACAAAAUGCAAGUGAGAUUGAUCUCAAUAUCGGUGAAAGAAUGCCGAAAAGUGAGAAAGCACCAACAGAGAAAAGAUCGUUUGGAGAAUCAACCGACAAUAAAAUUAACGAUUUCAUUUCAAUUCGUGAUGAUUCAUUAGACAAUGAAGAUGAAAUUGAUGAUGAGCCAUCGGGGGAUUAUAGCGAUGACAAAAAAUUUGUUACCGUUCAACUCUUUCAGUAUAGGUUUGGAGAUGUUUUCGAGAAAGCUGAGAGAUAUGCUCGUUUAACUUUGUUCCCGUUAUUAACAGAACAAAUUUCCAACAUUUUUAAUCUCGACAUGAAUGAGAAAGACAGUGCAGUGUCGAGUAGUGAAAUCGCUACAAAAUCAAUUAAACCUUCAAGAAAGUAUGACACCGUAUCAGAUGCUGAUUUUAGAUCUUUUACUAAUUAUAUUAAACCGAUAGAAAAAACUAAUAAUAAUUACGAGUCGAAGCGUGAAGAAAGUGUAACUUCAAGAACAGAAAAUGUUCGAAUCUCACUUCCAACUUACCGACCACAAGAUAAACAGAAAAAAUUUAUUCCAAUUGAAAGAGCUGCACAGUCCGAAAAUUGA